AUGGCCAGUUCACCACUGCAGCUGCUUGGUUUCUUCCUGGCACUGAUUGGCGUGGCCACCACAGUGACUGCUACCAUCAUGGUGGAGUGGAAGACGCACGGCCAUUCACACCGCAUCAUGCAAGGCCUGUGGAUGACCUGCAGCGUCGGCCACAGGACCACCUGCGAAGUUCACGACUCUCUCCUCAAACUGUCAGAUCAGGUCCAGAUAACCAGGGCAAUUCUGCUGGUGAGCCUGUUUCUGUCAACCGUGGCGUUAAUGGUCUCCACUAUCGGAAUGAAGUGCACCCGCUUUAUGGAAGGCAAACCCAAUGCCAAGGGAGCAGUGGCUCGCAUUGGAGGGAUUAUGUUUAUGGCUUCAGGGGUAAUGACGUUAAUCAUAACAUCCUGGUAUGUCAAGAAGAUCAUUUCCGACUUCCAUCAUGACCAUCAUCUACACCGCUUUGAGUUUGGUACUGCGGUGUUUGUCAGCUGGGCCGGCGGCUUCCUCACGACAUUUGGCGGAGCAUUCCUGACCUGUCAGAAGUGCUCAAGGUCAUCUUCGUCCAGGUCUAUUAACUCCAACCGCCUCCUGCAAACCAACAAGUCCAACAGCAACUAUGUUUAG